UAAACAUGGGUCAAGUUACCCGACCAUCGCUUGCUCUCGAGGGAGCAUUGGCAACGAGGACCGUGUGCGGCGCGACGAACUCGAAAGACCUGCUUUGGGAAUCAAGAAACACAGAGCACCAUGUUCAUGCGCAUCAAGAAAAGCAGAACGACGAGAACCAACGCAGUCGAAUUGAUCCGGUA